GCGGGUCUGGCGGCGGCGGCGGCGCCUGGCCAAUGGAGAGGCGCGGCCCCGGGCGCCGCGCUCUGCCGCCGGCAUUUAAACGGGAGACGGCGCGAUGCCUGGCACUCGGUGCGCCUUCCGCGAACCGGGCGACCCAGUGCACGGCCGCCGCGUCACUCUCGGUCCCGCUGACUCCGCGCCGAGCCCCGGCGGCUCUGGCCGCGGCCGCACUCAGCGCCACGCGUCGAAAGCGCAGGCCCCGAGGACCCGCCGCACUGACAGUAUGAGCCGCACAGCCUACACGGUGGGAGCCCUGCUUCUCCUCUUGGGGACCCUGCUGCCGGCUGCUGAAGGGAAAAAGAAAGGGUCCCAAGGUGCCAUCCCCCCGCCAGACAAGGCCCAGCACAAUGACUCAGAGCAGACUCAGUCGCCCCAGCAGCCUGGCUCCAGGAACCGGGGGCGGGGCCAAGGGCGGGGCACUGCCAUGCCCGGCGAGGAGGUGCUGGAGUCCAGCCAAGAGGCCCUGCAUGUGACGGAGCGCAAAUACCUGAAGCGAGACUGGUGCAAAACCCAGCCGCUUAAGCAGACCAUCCACGAGGAAGGCUGCAACAGUCGCACCAUCAUCAACCGCUUCUGUUACGGCCAGUGCAACUCCUUCUACAUCCCCAGGCACAUCCGGAAGGAGGAAGGUUCCUUUCAGUCCUGCUCCUUCUGCAAGCCCAAGAAAUUCACUACCAUGAUGGUCACACUCAACUGCCCUGAACUACAGCCACCUACCAAGAAGAAGAGAGUCACACGUGUGAAGCAGUGUCGUUGCAUCUCCAUCGAUUUGGAUUAAGCCAAAUCCAGGUGCACCCAGCCUGUCCUAGGAAUGCAGCCCCAGGAAGUCCCAGACCUAAAACAACCAGAUCCUUUCUUGGCUUAAACCUAGAGGCCAGAAGAACCCCCAGCUGCCUCCUGGCCGGAGUUGCUUGUGCGUAGUUCGUGUGCAUGAGUGUGGAUGGGUGCCUGUGGGUGUUUUUAGUCACCAGAGGAAACACAGUCUCUGCUAGAGAGCACUUCCUAUUUUGUAAACAUAUCUGCUUUAAUGGGGAUGUACCUGAAACCCAUAUCACCCCGGCUCACAUCUAAAGGGGCGGGGCCAUGGUCUGGUUCUGCCUUUGUGUUUUUGUGCCCUCCUGGGGACCAGAAUCUCCCUUCGGAAUGAAUGUUCAUGGAAGAGGCUCCUCUGAGGGCAAGAGACCUGUUUUAGUGCUGCAUUCGACAUGGAAAAGUCCUUUUAACCUGUGCUUGCAUUCUCCUUUCCUCCUCCUUCCCACAGUCCAUCCCUUAAGUUGUCAGUGAGUAUGUCAGUCUGGUCUCUUGCUUGCCAAGGUUUCUAAAUUAAUUCACUUAACCAUGAUGCAAAUGUUUUUCAUUUUGUGAAGACCCUCCAGACUCUGGGAGAGGCUGGUGUGGGCAAGGACAAGCAGGAUAGUGGAGUGAGAAAGGGAGGGUGGAAGGUGAGGCCAAAUCAGGCCCAGCAGAAGUCAGUAGGGACAUUGCAGAAGCUUGAAAGGCCAAUACCAGAACACAGUGAGGCUGAUGCCUCUGAGAAAGUCUUUUCCUAGUAUUUAACAGAACCCAAGUGAGCAGAGGAGAAAUGAGAUUGCCAGAAGGUGAUUAACUUUGGCUGUCACUGCGAUCUGUUCAAACCUAACACCAAACUGAAAACAUAAAUAUUGACCACUCCUAUGUUCAGACCCAAGCAAGUUAGCUAAACCAAACCAACCCCUGCUUUGUCCCUCAGGUGGAAAAGAGGGGUAGUUUAGAACUCUCUACACAGGGGUAGGAAUUAAACAGAAACCUCAGAGGCUGAAAUUCCUAAUGCCUUUCCUUUUUCGUGGUUAUAAUCAGCUGAUUUCCAGUUCACUAUUUCCCAUAAUGCUUCUGAGAGCCACUAACCUGAUUGAUAAAGAUUCUGCCUCUUCUGAGUGUACCUGACAGUAGUCUAAGAGAGAGUUUAGGGACUACUCUGUUUUAGCAAGAGAUAUUUUGGGGGUCUUUUUGUUUUAACCAUUGUCAGGAGAUUGGGCUAGAGAGAACAGGAGGAGAGUAAGGAAAUAAAGGGAAUUGCCUCUGGCUAGAGAGUAGUUAGGUGUUAAUACCUGGUAGAGAUAUAAGGGAUAUGACCUCCCUUCCUUUAUGUGCUCACUGAGGAUCUGAGGGGACCCUGUUAGGUGAGGACAGCAUCAUGGUGUAUUCGCUGUCCAUCUGCUACUGGUUGGAUGGACCUAACAUUGUAACUAUUCAGUAUCUACUGGUAGGCACUGUCCUCUGAUUAAACUUGGCCUACUGCCAAUGCCUACUUAGGAUUUAUCUAAGGGCCAAAGUGCAGGGUGGGUGAAUCUUAUUGCACUUCGGAUUUGGUUAACCUGUUUUCUUCAAGCCUGAGAUUUUAUAUACAAACUCCCUGAAUACUCUUUUUGCCUUGUAUCUUCUCAGCCUCCUAGCCAAGUCCUAUGUAAUAUGGAAAACAAACGCUGUAGACUUGAGAUUCAGUUGCCCAUCAAAGCUCUGGCAUUCAGAGAACCCUUGCAACUCGGGAAGCUAUUUUUAUUUUGUUUUUGUUUUGAUCCAGUGCUCUCCCAUCUAACAACUAAACAGGAGCCAUUUGAAAGCGGGAGAUAUUUUAAACACCCAAAAUGUUGGGUCUAAUUUUCAAACUUUUAAACUCACUACUGAUGAUUCUCACACUAGGUGAAUUUGUCCAAACACAGUGUGUGUGUGUUUUGUAUACACUGUAUUGAUCCUGCCCCAAAUCUUCGUAUUGUCCACAUUCUCCAACGAUAAAGCACACAGUGGAUUUAAUUAAGCACACAAAUGCUAAGGCAGAAUUUUGAGGGUGGGAGAGAGGAAAAGGGAAAGAAGCUGAAAAUGUAAAACCACACCAGAGAGGAAAAAUGACAUUCAGAACCAGCGAACACUGAAUUUCUCUUGUUUUAACUGCCACAAGCAUGCAAUUUUGUUAACAGAGAUGACUUAAGUUGGCAGCAGUAAUCUUCUUUUAGGAGCUUGUACCACAGUCUUGCAUAUAAGUGCAGAUUUGGCCCAAGUAAAGAGAAUUUCCUCAACACUAACUUCAUUGGAUAAUCAGCAGCAUAACUACCCUAAAAGCACAUCACUAGCCAAAGAGGGAAAUAUCUGUUCUUCUUACUGUGCCUAUAUUAAGACUAGUACAAAUGUGGUGUGUCUUCCAACUUUCAUUGAAAAUGCCAUAUCUGUAACAUAUUUUAUUCGAGUCACUGAUGAUGUAAUGAUAUAUUUUUUCAUUAUUAUAGUAGAAUAUUUUUAUGGCAAGAUAUUUGUGGUCUUGAUCGUACCUAUUAAAAUAAUGCCAAACACCAAAUAUGAAUUUUAUGAUGUACACUUUGUGCUUGGCAUUAAAAGAAAAAAAACACAUAUCCUGGAAGUCUGUAAGUUGUUUUUUGUUACUGUAGUUCUUCAAAGUUAAGAGUGUAAGUGAAAAAUCUGGAGGAGAGGAUAAUUUCCACUGUGUGGAAUGUGAAUAGUUAAAUGAAAAGUUAUGGUUAUUUAAUGUAAUUAUUAAUUCAAAUCCUUUGGUCACUGUAAUUUCAAGCAUGUUUUCUUUGUCUCCUUUAUAUGACUUUCUCUGAGUUGGGCAAAGAAGAAGCUGGCACACUGUAUGUUGUUAGAGUCUUUUAUCUGGUCGGGGGAAACAAAAUCUUGACCUAGCUGAACAUGUGUUCCUGAGUCAGUGCCUGAACCUUUACUUUUUAAACUGAAUGUUCCUUAAAGGUUAACAUUUCUAAAGCAAUAUUAAGAAAGACUUUAAAUGUUAUUUUGGAAGACUUAUGAUGCGUGUAUACAAACAAAUAGCAGAUAAUGAUGAAUAGUUCACACGUAAAGUCCUUUUAAGGAGAAAAUGUAAAAUGAAAAGUGGAUAAACAGAACAUUUAUAAGUGACCAGUUAAUGCCUAAGAGUGAAAGUAGUUCUAUUGAUUUGUCAUUCCUCAAGAUAUUUAAUAUCAACUGCAUUAUGUAUUAUGUUGGCUUUAAUCAUUUAAAAGCAGCAAAGAAUUAUAUCGACUAUGAUUGAGGUACCUUGCUGUGUAGGAGGAUGAAAGGGGAGUUGAUAGUCUCAUAAAACUAAUUUGGCUUCAAGUUUCAUGAAUCUGUAACUAGAAUUUAAUUUUCACCCCAAUAAUGUUCUAUAUAGCCUUUGCUAAAGAGCAACUAAUAAAUUAAACCUAUUCUUUC